AUGGCACCGAGCGUGAUUGUUGUUGGCGGCGGCCUUUCUGGCCUCAGCGCUGCCCACACCAUCUAUCUUAACGGCGGUAACGUCGUCGUCCUCGACAAGCAGGGCUUCUUCGGCGGCAACUCGACAAAGGCCACAUCCGGCAUCAACGGUGCCCUCACAAGGACACAGGUUGAGCACGGCAUUCAGGACAGUGUUAAGCAGUUCUACGAUGACACGCUCAAGUCUGCCCGUGACAAGGCGAGGCCCGACCUGAUCAAGGUCCUUACCUACAAGUCCGCCGCUGCCGUCGAGUGGUUGCAGGAUGUGUUCAACUUGGACCUCACACUCGUUUCCCGCCUGGGUGGUCAUUCUCAACCCCGCACCCACCGCGGCCAUGAUGCCAAGUUCCCCGGCAUGGCCAUCACUUACGCCCUGAUGCAGAGGCUCGAGGAGCUCGCGGAGACUGAGCCCCACCGCGUCCGCGUCAUUAAGAAGGCCAAGGUCACAAGUCUCAACAAGGAGGGUAACCACAUCACGGGCGUCAAGUACGAGCACAACGGCGAGACCCUGUCCUUGGACGGCCCCGUCGUCCUCGCUACCGGUGGUUAUGCUGCCGACUUCGGGGAGGGCUCGCUUCUCAAGCAGCACCGGCCCGACACCUUCGGCCUGGCCACCACCAACGGCUCGCACGCCACCGGUGACGGCCAGAAGAUGGUCAUGGCCAUUGGCGGCAAUGGUAUCGACAUGGACAAGGUUCAAGUUCACCCGACUGGUCUCGUCGACCCCAAGGAUCCCGGUUCCAAGUGGAAGUUCUUGGCUGCCGAGGCUCUCCGUGGCGAGGGCGGUAUCCUCCUGAACGCCGACGGCGACCGCUUUUGUGACGAGCUCGGCCACCGUGACUACGUGUCGGGUAUGAUGUGGAAGGAGAAGGACAAGGGCAAGUUUCCCAUCCGCCUGGUUCUCAACUCCAAGGCGUCCAACACGCUCGACUUCCACACCCGCCACUACUCGGGCCGUGGCCUCAUGAAGAAGAUGUCUGGCAAGGAACUUGCCAAGGAAAUUGGCUGCACCCCCGAGCAUCUUCAGAAGACCUUCCAGACCUACAACGCCAUUGCCGAGGGGAAGCAGAAGGACCCUUGGGGCAAGCGCUUCUUCCACAACAUGCCCCUCGACAUCAGCGAUACUUUCCACGUCGCCCUGAUGGAGCCCGUGCUCCACUUCACCAUGGGCGGCAUCGAGAUCAACGACAAGGCCCAGGUCCUCAACAAGGAGCAGAAGCCCUUUGAGGGUCUGUUCGCCUGCGGUGAGCUUGCCGGCGGUGUGCACGGCGCCAACCGCCUGGGUGGCUCGUCACUGCUGGGUUGCGUCGUCUACGGACGUGUUGCCGGCGACUCCGCAAGCAAUUAUCUCUUCCAGCAGGUCCUCAAGGGCACCUCCCCCGGGGUGGCUCGUCUUGGCCAGAUUGCCCUUCACAUCGACCCCUCGACCCCGGGCAAGAUCUCGGUUGAGUGGGCCGGUGCCAGCAGUAACAGCAGUGAGGCUCCCAAGACGCAAGCCGCUUCGGCCGGCGCCGCUCCCGCCCCUAAGCAAGAAGCCAAGAAGGCUAACCCGCCCAAGGCCUUCACGAUUCCUGAGACAGAGUACACCAUGGAGGAGGUCGCCAAGCACAACAAGAAGGACGACCUCUGGGUCGUGGUCAAGGGCGUUGUGCUGGACCUGACCAAUUGGCUCAAUGACCACCCGGGCGGACCCCAGGCCAUUCUCAACUUCAUGGGCCGCGACGCCUCCGAGGAGUUUGAGAUGCUCCACGACGACGAGGUCAUUCCCAAGUAUGCCCCCGAGCAGGUCAUUGGGCGGGUCAAGGGCCAGAAGGUCACGCUGGAGAUCUAG